AUGCCGGACUACGCACCGUUCGUGAAGUACUUCAACGAGUACCCAAACAUUCCCGCGAGUGAGACCUCGGCGUACAGCCGCAUUGCGGACACAACGUGGCGCCUCCUAACGGCCUCCGAGAAGGAGAACGCCGGUUCAAAGGGCUCCGCCGCUGCGCCUGCGGCGUGUCCCUCGAUUGUCAUUGGCCGGCUGCUCGUGUCCACCGAGGAUCGCUGGCGCAUUCAGGCGCACAUGCGCCGCGAGGAGGCGAAGGCGGGAGCCGGGCGAAAGGAGUACAAUAAGAAGGUGACGCGCGCGACCAUGAACACAAAAGGGCCGGUGCAAACCGGGGGAUUUCCGCCUGGCAGGGGUCGGCCGGUGUGA